CGGCCUUCUUAUCUUGCGUAGCCUUGAACAAACAGUGAUAGUAACACGCUCAAAGGUGUUCUCUUCUCGUACCCGAGCUGCUUGAAAUUGUGACCAUCUUCUCAUUCUCAUCCUGUCUCUCUUGUUCAUCGAACCUCUUCGUCUCUCUCGAGCUCACCCCGCAUCUCGCCGUCCAAACAUGUCUUCUCUACCCUCCAAUGUGCACGUAGCUCAACAUCCCUGUCUACGAGCAAAGGUCUCGCAGCUUCGAUCGCAACAGACUGGAGCUCGUGAUGCUAAGCGUCUUAUCCAUGAGAUCUCGACUAUGCUGGGUUACGAGGCAUUGGCUUCUUCCCUAGAGCCUACACAACAGGGCACUGAUCAAUCACCAUUGGGUUAUGAGUUUCCUGUUGACUCCAUCUCACCCUCUCAUGUGUCCCUCGUACCUAUUUUACGUUCCGGCCUGUCAAUGGUAGACGCCUUGCUUUCCGUCCUGCCAGACCCAGUCCCCGUAUUCCACCUAGGCAUGUACCGUGAAAAGACGACCCUCCAGCCCGUAGAAUACUACAACAACCUACCCUAUCAUUCCGCUACAACCACUUCACAACAAACCACACCCUCCGACAUAGCCAUCCUACUUGACCCUAUCAUCGCCACUGGUGCUACAGCCAGCGCUGCAAUCGACACAUUGAAAGAUUGGGGUGUCAAGCGUAUAGUCGUCUGCAGCGUCCUCGCCAGCCACGAGGGCUUGGAGAAAGUUAGUCGCGUUUGGUCAGAGGGCGUUCAAAUCUGGGUCGGGGCUGUAGACCCCGGAACAGAUGCAAAGGGCAUGAUCAAGCCGGGUCUAGGAGAUGUCGGUGACAGACUGUUCCUCACCAUUGGCAAAUAGAUAUAAAACAAUACUUUUUUCGUUUUUUAUUCGUGUUU